AUGGCCAUCGCUCCAUUGAUCGUGGAGCAGCACACCGAAAUAACUCCCAAGGUCAAGGUGCUAAAGAACGGACAAAAGGUCAUCACAGAUCGAGGGCUGACAGUUCAAGGCAUCUACAAUGUGUACUAUUGGGUGGUGAAUGUACGUGGGCUAUCGGCCCUAAUCACCACGAUUCUUGAGAAGUAUGUUGGAUACUGGGUCGCGUAUCUGGUGCCCUUGUGCGCGGUGGCUCUGUCGAUUGUGCCAUUGCUGGUGUGGCGACAUACGUUUGUCCGGCGCCCACCAAGUGGCUCUGUGCUGCCACAAGCCAUCAGAGCAAUGGUGUAUGGUAUUCGUGAAGGGUUCCAGAUGGACGAGGCCAAGCCAGGAAAACAACAAGAGAAGCACCACCGACAGGUGACUUGGACCAACACAUUCAUUGACGAGUUGAAAAGUGGAUUGCUCGCAUGCCGUGUUUUUCUCCUCCUUCCAAUUAAUUGGUUGUGCCUGAAUCAGACCUUCAAUAACCUCAUUUCCCAGGCCGGACAGAUGGUUAAUUCUGGGGUUCCGAACGACACCAUCAAGUCACUCAACCCUAUUUCCAGCAUUAUCCUGACUCCGGUGGUCUCAAGGGGCCUAUACCCAUUCUUGACCCGGCGCAGGAUAGGAUUCGGGCCCAUGGCCCGGAUUGUCAUGGCAUUCCUGUUUCUCACCCUCGCUAUGGCCUACACCGCGAUCCUGCAGAAAUUAGUUUACUCCGCGGGUCCCUGUUACGACCGUCCCUUGGCGUGUGUGGAGUCAGAUCAUGGCCAGAUUUCCAAUCAGAUCUCCAUGUUCCUGCAAGCGCCAAUCUACGUUCUCGGUGCGAUUGCAGAAAUCUUCUGUUUCACCACGGGCACAGAAUAUGCCUACAAUCAAGCCCCCAAGUACGAUGGAAUCGGUGGUUCAAUCGGUGUGGAUGGCCACGGCUGGAGUUGGGGCAUGCCUGGACAUGGCGUUUACGCCCAUCACCAAGGACCCUUAUCUGGUUAUCAUGUAUUCGUCGUUGGCGGGCGUCAUGGUCGUGACAACGGUUUUGUUCGGGGUAUUAUUUGGAAAGCACGAUCGGGAGAAGGCUGUCCUUUUCUGAGUCAAGCCACAGGAGCGAUUGGUAAACAUUGA